UCCUGCUUUGAUCAGAGUCGAUUCGGAUUCGCUUCGACUUCCCAGUAUAUCGCAGUUCUGUCACUCAAAAAUGUCCUGGGCCAGGGUAGGUACGUAUCGCGAGGGGGAACGGUGACCCAUGGAUUCUUCCGUCAGCAACCUCAAAAGCACCUCAGGAAGCUGUUCUCGAAUCACGAUAUAUCUAGGUGCCGAUCAUCGGCCUGGAGGAAGCUAGUGCUGGGGGCGGAGCAUGAUGAGAAGCAACACACUAAAAUAAUCCCGAAUUGCCCGGCAUGGCCGCAUGUUAAUGGAAGCUGCCCAGUGGUGACUUGCCAAAGUCUCUCCGGUUCUGAGGCUCUGCACAGGUUGGCUGUAUGGAAUGUUGCUAAAAGCCGUGCUGGAAGACUCCAGGUCUCCCCACAGUAUAGGUAUUCCUCGACCUUCCACCGACCUAAAAAGCCAACCACUACCUUAGAUGCCGGACAGGACGGAUGUUCCAUUGCAUCUCUUGCCUUGUACUGCGAAUCUUCCAAAUACGACCAGGAGACAAAAGAAUUAGACAUCGAAUCUUACGUUCGGCACUGA